AUGGCGUUCGCAUACGCCUCUCUCGUUGGGCUCGCCUACGUGCCAUCGGCGCUCCCGAUCGGCGCGCGCACGGCUGCGCGGGCGGUGGCUGUCCUGCAGCAGGGAUCUGACCCCUCUGGCAGCUGGGACUCGUACUACGACCCGUCGUUGUCGGGUACGUCUGAGGUGGGUGGGAUUCCCACGCCCGAAGUCGCGGGCGCGGCAAAGGUUAUCAAGGUUGUAAUCGCGGAGGACAACGCGCGCGCUCAAGUCUUCGACCCCGUGGCUUCACCCGCCGAGGCCGAGGUCGACCCCGUGGCUUCACCCGCCGAGGCCGAGGUGCCCGCGGAGAAGCCUACCCGACUCAUCGAAGAGGCGGAGAAGGCAGCCGUAUUCGCAAUGAAGGGAUACCGUGCCGUCAGGACCGAGCUUGAGCGCGUCGCGUCCUGGUGCAAGGACAAUGAAGACUCGAUCCGGUCCAAGGCGGACGCAGCAUGGGAGGCAGUGGUCGAGUUUGACCGCAAGCACGAGGUCGUCGCGACCUCCGUUGCAGUCUGCCGCCUGGCGGUGAAGGAGGCAACGCCGGUGGUCAAACGCUCCCUUGAGCGCCUCAAGCGCGGGGGCAAAGACUCGCGCGGCUAG